CGGCGGGCGGGAAUCACCUCAGGCCGCGCGCGGCCUCUCCUCACACCAGGCCGGGCUUCCCCUCAUCGCUCGGGCCUAGCCCGGCCGGUCUACUCGGAAGGAAGCCCCGCUCGCCUCCGUGAGGAGAGCUUACUCUCGAGGAAAACGCGGCCCUAGCGCGCGGCCUUCUCCUCAGGAGCCCGGAAGUGAACGUGAGGCGGCGGAGGCGGCCGACCGGGGCAGGCUGCGGCCUACUCUUCCGGGGAUGCGGCGCCCGAGCGGAGCCGGAGCCGGAGCCGGAGCGUCGGCCCGGCUAUGAGCGACGUGGUGCAGCGGACGCUGAGCGCCUUGCCCGGCUUGUUGGGGCAGCCCGGGCCGGGCGCGGGAGGUGGCGUCGGCGCCGGCGGGGCGGCCGGAGGUGGAGGGCCCGGCGGCGGCUCGGCCACCUCAAGGCUGGGCGGCCUCAUCCGGAGCAUCACCGCCCUCACCUCCAAGCAUGAGGAAGAAAAAUUAAUCCAACAGGAAUUGAGCAACUUGAAAACAACAGUUGCUGCACCCACUACAACUCUGAGGCUGAUGAAGGAAUGCAUGGUGAGGCUUAUUUAUUGUGAAAUGCUGGGCUAUGAGGCCUCGUUUGGAUAUAUCCAUGCUAUCAAACUGGCCCAACAAGGAAACCUUUUCGAAAAAAGAGUCGGUAUGUAUCUCAAAGCAUUACACGUUCACGAAUGGCACAGUAUACCUCUUCUCUGUGUUAGAUUUCCAAUAUUUGGAGGGGAAAUAACAGUUUUGUUUUCAUAUCUCUGGCAGGAUUUGCAGAGCACUAACCUCAUGGAAGUAUGUAUGGCUCUCACUGUGGCAAGUCAAAUAUUUCCCCGGGAAAUGAUCCCUGCUGUCCUUCAUUCUAGUAGAGACAAGCUCCAGCACUCAAAGGAAAUCAUUAGAAGGAAAGCGGUUCAGGCGCUCUACAAAUUCUACCUGAUCGCUCCCAAUCAAGUCCAGCACAUCCACGACAAGUUCCGGAAAGCACUUUGCGACAGGGAUGUGGGCGUUAUGGCGGCCUCGUUACACAUUUAUCUGCCGAUGGUGAAGGAGAACCCGUCCAACUACAAAGACCUGACCAGCAGUUUCAUAGCUAUCCUAAAGCAGGUGGUGGGAGGGAAGCUGCCCAUAGACUUCAAUUAUCACAGUGUCCCGGCCCCGUGGCUCCAGAUUCAGCUUUUGAGAAUACUGGGGUUGCUUGGAAAAGGGGAUCCAAGAACCAGUGAAUUAAUGUAUGAUGUUUUGGACGAGUCUUUAAGGAGAGCAGAGAUAAAUCACAACAUUACGUAUGCAAUCGUAUUUGAAUGUGUCCAGACAAUUUACACAAUAUACCCUAAAUCCGAUCUGCUGGAGAAGGCUGCCAAAUGUAUUGGGAAAUUUAUCCUGUCUCCAAAAAUUAACUUGAAAUAUUUGGGGUUAAAGGCCCUAACAUACAUUGUCCAGCAAGAUCCUAGCCUUGCACUGCAGCACCAAAUGACGAUCAUCGAAUGCCUGGAUCACCCUGACCCCAUUAUUAAAAGAGAGACUUUGGAACUUCUGUAUAGGAUUACCAACGGGCAGAAUGUCACCGUCAUCGUCCAGAAGAUGCACGACUACUUGACUCAAAGCACGGAGGAAUACACCGUCAUCAACAUAGUUGGCAAAAUAGCAGAAUUGGCUGAAAAAUAUGCUCCUGACAACAACUGGUUCAUUCGCACUAUGAAUGCAGUGUUUUCUGUAGGAGGGGAUAAAAUGCACCCAGACAUCCCAAACAACUUCUUGAGACUCCUUGCUGAAGGAUUUGGAGAUGAAAAAGAAGAUCGCCAGCUACGCCUUCAAGCUGUCCAGUCUUACCUUGCGUUGCUGCAGGAUGAGAAGGCAGUUUACCCACAGAAAUUUCUUCAAGUGAUGAGUUGGGCGCUGGGGGAAUAUUCUUACCUUAUGAAAAAUGUGGAUCCAGAGGUUAUCUUGGCAAAUUUGCACAGGAUUCUCAGGAGCAAAGCUACCGCUGAAACCAAAGCCUGGGUUAUGUCAGCAGUCACUAAAAUAGCCUCCCGUGCCACGCAUUCUGAAACAGUCGACAAACUGAUUACAGACUUCAGUACCUCCUUGGACACCUGCAUGAGGCAAUAUGUUUAUGAGCUGAAAUACCUAUGUGAAGAUAGGGAAUCGAUGAAAAAAUUGUUUCCGGAGGACGCUAGCUACGAAGAUAUUGUGGUAGAUGCUUCCUUGUCUUUCUUAGAUGGGUUUGUAGCUGAAGGACUUGGUCGUGGGGCAGCACCGUAUAAACCUCGUCACCAAAGGCAGGAGGAGCAGCUGUCUCAGCGGAAAGCUUUGAAUUUUGAACCUUAUGGACUGUCACUUUCCCAAAGCUUCUCAGCAUCUGGCUUCCUUGGCCGACAGUCUCCAACCGGAAUUUCUCUGGGUUCUGACAUCUCUGGCAAUAGUGUUGACACGGGACAGAAAGAAACCAACAGUUUGAAGCUGGAGGGUGUGAAGAAACUAUGGGGAAAAGAAGGCUAUCUCCCCAAAAAGGAAAGCCGGGCAGAAAAAGAAGACAGCGUGAAGCCCACCGAAGAGAGCAGCCUGCCUGCGGAGCACACUGUCAGGAACUUUGCCGUGCAUCCUGAGCAGGAAAUGACCAGCCUUUCCAAGGAGGAGAAGGAGAAACAGCAGCUUGCUUCAACGCUCUUUGUCGGCCUGGGAACGCAGGGCUGCGUCAAUCUGAUGGGCAAAGGAGAUUCUACGGUGCAGAAAUUCAAAAGGAAGUCUAAAAUGGGCGAAGCCCAAAAUAGCGAGGAAUUAUUCAGCACCCAAAGCUGUGCUGGCCCGCUUCUCAGCCCUUUGCCUGACGCGUUACCUAGGAGCAAAAAGCCCUUCCAAAACAACGGGCACCUAAGAUUACGGAAAGCUUCACUGAACUCCUCCGAAGCUCCGGAAUCAAAGGUAACAUUGGACAGGUCUCACUCUCUGCCAGAAGCGGGGUUGGAAGAAAAGCUCCAGGGCUGCCGCUUCUCGCCUUCGUCUUUGUUUGCGGACGGUAACAUGGAGAUUUUUCAGCCUUCUCCGAACACUCAGCCGGUCGUCAAAAAGCAACUCUCUCUGAUGCCUUCCUUACCAGAAGAAGCAGCCAAACAUCCUCAUUCCGAGAUCCUAGAACUCUGUGGCAAUGAAACCCUUUCGUCGUACUUGUGUAAAGUGUGGAAAGAAGACAGUGUCGUGCUUUUCAUAUUUCUUGCCAAUAAAAGCACCUCUGUCCUUAAGGCGGUUCAGUUGGAAUUUGAACGCUCCAAACAUUUUAAGAUGUUGGAAAAUCCUGGCAGCCGUUUUGCUGAAAUCGAAGCUCAAAGCAUAGAAAGCUCUCAGGAGUGCGUAACGAUGGAGGAGCUCUGCUCGGAGGGGAGGCUGUCUGGAUCUGUCCGUUACGAUCUGGAAUCAGAGACGUGCCUCAGAUUUUCAGUAACUUUGGCACUGUUGGAUUUUAUCAGACCAAUGAAAACGACCACCGAAGAAUUUGGGAAACUGUGGCUCUCCUUUUCUAACGACGUCAAACAAAACCUAAAAAUGACGUCAUCUCAGGGAUCUCUAUCAGCCGUUCUGAACACCUUGCAGCAAAAAUUAAAGCUACAUAUUGUGGAUAUUAUAGGCAACGAGGGACUAGCUGCGUGCCGACUGCUUCCGUGGGUCCCCUGUUUACUGCAUUGCCGAGUCCAUACCGGGAUGUUGUCCCUGUGGUUCAGGUCGCCGUGUUCUGCUCUUCCAGACUGUUUACUUUACCAAUGUCAGAAGGUGAUGGGAGACUCUUGAGUGUAUCAAUAGUGCCUCCUUUUCUGACAGCAGGAAGUGUGUCACUGUGCAGAAAGGAAGCGUGUCACUGUUUCCAAAACAGAUCGGCCUCUGUUUCUGCUUAGUGGGUAUGUUGUGUAAGUAUAGGCCCUAUAUACCUCUGGGGAUGUAUUCUUAGGUGCCUGCUCCCCCCCCCCCCACCCAAAAAAGCUCAGGAUCUAUCAGUCACUGACAAGUGGCCAAAUAAAAGCAUCAAUAAUUGUUUGAAUGAGACAUGUUGUCUUGACUAAAAGUAUGUAUUUUCUGUUGCAUACUUGUAUCAGUUGCAACAUUUUAUUCAUAGGAUCAUCUGCUACUUCUUGAAGUAGUUAACAUGUCUUGUAUCGUCAUAUUGUUCCUUAAACCUUGUUUGUUUUAUUCGCUGGCCUUCGCCGCAAAACGGCGUCUGAACCCAUCAACCUUGUUAAAAACAAGGUGGCGGUUCCUGCAGAGCUGUUUGUUCGUUGGCUGCUUGCAAAUCAUGUCUGAAAAUGGAUGUUGGGCGACAAGAUAUGCUCACUGUGAUUGUCUAAACUGGCUUGGUGUUAACGUUAAACAGAAAAUGUUGACUGUGUAACAACCAUUUUCCUGGAUGCUGGGGUUUGGGGAACGGUUGCCCUUCUCCGCGGUAGCUCCUCCUGUGUGGUGAUCUCAAUUUUGCAUAGGUCAUAUGUUUUUAAUUUAAGAUGAAUGGGCACUGUUUGGCUUUCUCCACUAUAAGUUGCCGUUUUUAACUUGCAAAAAACUAAGGUUUCCCUGCCUGGGGGUGGGGUCCAAGGAAGAUAACAGCCCCGAUACUCUUUUUUUGAUGUUAUGUCAUCAUAGGAAUCCUUUUGUGAUGAUUCCUCUUGUGGGAAAUAGGCUUGAGAAAAUCUGACACAAGAAUUGAAUGAAUUUCCGUGUGGAUUUUCAGCUAGCAUCGCUCAGGAAAGUAUUAACACCCUCAAAAUGUUUGUGGGCGCAUCACGGCCAAACUGGGUGAGGUGUUGAGGAGCUGGUUCCAGACCUCUCAGCGCUUUUUUAGAUUUGACAAUCGGGUUCAGGAAUCCUGAUUUGGAUCAAGACUGCGGCAUGAUGGGAGGGUGUUUGAAGGAGCCCCCCCCCCAUUCAAUUCUUCUGAUCUGAAACAGCUUCGAGGAACAGGUAUUUUGCUUCGUGGGGUAAGCGUGUAAUACCUGUAUUUAUGUUUGCCUAGCAGGGCAAAAUAGCAGCACUUAGAGCAGCAGUCCCCAGUAUGGUGUCACUGGGUGUCAUCAGGCCUGCUGACACCUUUUCUGGCAUUUGCCAAGGGUUUUAGGAAGUGGGUGGGGCUAGGUAGGGCUUUUGUCCAGCAAAUCGGUGAUUGA